UAAUGAUGACCAAGCCAUGGCCUGCUCUACAAUCUUGCGAUAACAAGGUUAAGCGGAAAGAGGGAGUGACUAGUGGGUUGUGUGCGUUGCCAAAUGAAAUUCUGUUUUCAAUCCUGUCCUCCUUCACCAUGAAGGAAGUUGCAAGGCUUAGUAUUGUUUCUCACCGAUGGAAAUACAUAUGGGAAAAUUUUCCGCGCUUGCACUUUGAAGAUUCGAGGGCAAUGGAAAGGAUAUUCGAAAGUCCCAAAGUAAUUUCUCAUGAAAGAUCCAACUUUGUGACAUGGGUUAGUCAUGUUGUCGACCAGCAUUUUGGUGCAUAUUCUAUAGAUGAACUUAGAAUCAAGUUUUGUCUCACCAGAACUUUUCAAUCUCAUGUAGAUAAGUGGGCGUUUUUUGCAUCAGAAAAACAAGUCAAAACACUUGACCUCAACUUUACUUCAAAAUUUAAUCUCGUAAAUACAGAGAGUGCACACUGUAGUUUUCCUCUUAAAGUGGCUAGCAUCAAGUCUUCCUUAAUAUCUUUGUGUCUUAGAUCCGUCGAUGUCACUGAUGAAUUCAUUGGUUGCCUUAUUUGUUCCUGCAUAUUCCUUGAGAACCUGUGCAUAGGAAAUUCAAAGUAUCUUACCAACCUAAGAGUCUCUAGUUCAUUACAACAGCUGAAACAUUUGGAGGUAAGUCAUUGCUUACACUUGAAAAUUAUUGAUAUUUCUACCCCGAAUCUUGUAUCUUUUACAUAUCGUGGCCAAGCUAUAGAGCUGCGUAUCAGGGAUGCCUCUUGGCUUUCUAAGGUCGCUGUUGGUUCGCGAGAUUACAAUGCCUCCAUAUCCUAUGCAUUUGACUCACUUUUACAAUAUUCUUCACAAUUGGAGUAUCUAAGCUUGAUGAUGAACUUAAAAUGUGAGUCGAAUAUCCAAAUCAUUAAUCCUCCUGCUUUGACAAAUGUUAAGCAUAUAGAGCUGUGUUUUAUUGCAUGUUGCAAUAAAUCACUCCUUGGAUGGACGUCCUUGAUUGUGGCAGCGCCAGUUUUGCAGAAGCUGACAUUGAAGUUACUAGGGUUUAACAUCAAACGUGCAAGGCCCAUUGUCAAACACAAUGCGUGCCCUCUCAAAUGCCUGAAGACGCUAGAGCUUGUUGGCUUUAUGGGACGGCCGAUUGACCUUGAGUUUGCAGCUUUUGUGCUUGAGAAUGCUAUUGCUCUUGAAGAGGUGAUUAUUGACUUCACGCCAAUGUUCAGCACAAAACCAUAUCACAAAGGUGUGCAAGAACUGUUGUUAAGUAAAGACAAAUGUUGGCAGAAUACUUUUUUUGUGUUAUUUUACUCAAUAAUAAACUAG